CGGACGUUCUUUUCCCAAUUCUUCGGAUCGGUGAUCGAAAAAAUCUGCUGUAGCUGUUUUCGUGUGUGCCGCGUUUUUUCUUCUACAUUUUCUGUUCUGAAGACUUGAUCCUGCGUGGAAAGAAGGAAGAUGAUGAUGAUCGGGAUUGUUGGUUAGGAUUCGAAGAAAUUUGAUAAUCGACGAAGAAGAGCAAUCGCGACAGGUGUUCAGUGAGGGCGAUUGUGCCGAUUCGAUUCAAUUUGGUGCAACGUGAGUUUAAGUUGGAUUUGGAAGCGAUAUCCUGACGGUUCUGGAUCGUGGCUUUCAAACUGUUGUCAGAACGAUUCUGGAGAAGUGAUAGUGUAUGGGGCGUGAUCAGAUGCUAGAAGUGAUCAUUUGAACAAGGAUUACAACGGGGAAGAUUUAUAUCAGUGAAAAAAAGCAGAAAGGACACCCGCAGAAAUCGCGACGAGCCUUGACCACCUUCAACGGUUUCGUCCAGAAACGGAAUCGAAAGGACCGGACGUCACCAGCAUCGUUCAGUGCAAGAUGGCGCAUUUGUCGCCUCCUCCGUCACCACCGGCUCUUAGCAGCCAAACACCGGAGUUGAACUCCACCUCUACGACGAAUCUCAUGCAACGGGCAUCCGCUUUCAGUUCUGUGCUGGGACAAAAGUGGAACGCCAGAGAUUUGCCGCUACUGUACAACCCUUUCUUCUACUCGGGGGCCGCUUUCCUAUGGCCACAGUUCCUGCUACCUCAGCAACCCAUCACCCCAAUCUCGCCAAACUUGACCAAUUUGCGCGACUACACCCUAACUCCAGAAAAAGAGGAAGUCAUUGACGAAGACAUGCCGCUCAACCUCUCGAUGAAGCCGACAACUUCAUCUACGCCAAACUCCCGGACCUCGGCAACGACGGUCGCAACGGCCGCCGCCGCUGCAGCCGCCUCCCUGGCGCACUCCAUCCACAUCUGGUCUCCGGCGAGCAUGUGCGAGAAAGAAACAAUAGACGACAGCCAAAGCAAUAUCGACAUCGAGAACGACGAUGGCGACGAGGACUCCUCCUGUGGGGAGUUGCAGAUCGACGAAUCGAGAGAGCUGCGGCAGAGCCAGCAGCAACAACACCAGCAGUACAUGGAAAAUCAUAAGGCGCGGAUACUGACGGAGUACAACAAUCUGCUUCUGAAUAGUGGCGCCGCCGCAGCGGUUGCCAAUGGGAUCAGUGGGAAGGGCGAUCGCAACUACUACAACUAUAGCAAAAUCAGCAAAGGGUACUUCACGCAUCUGCAACAGCAACAGAAAAAUUUGGAAAUCCUGCGGCAGAACCGCACGGAUGUGUUUGUGGUGAACAACGACAAUGGUGUCAGUAAUAUUAACAACAACCGGGAGGGAGUUAAAAACAACAAUGUGAGUGCAUUCGGUGAAGACGGGGGUGAAAUUCGGGUGAAGAAUGAAAUUGCGCGGCCGGACUCGACCGGGCACAGUGACGGAUUCGUGUUCAAACGGGAACCCGGUCACUCGGAAGAGAAAAAACCCGCUCGACUGUACCAGUGUAAACAAUGCGGUAAAACGUUCAAACGCUCCAGCACGCUAUCGACUCAUCUGCUGAUCCACAGCGACACCCGACCCUAUCCGUGCCAGUACUGCGGCAAGCGGUUCCACCAAAAAUCCGACAUGAAGAAGCACACCUACAUCCACACCGGUGAAAAACCGCACAAAUGUGUCGUCUGCCUCAAAGCCUUCAGUCAAAGUUCCAAUCUCAUCACACACAUGCGUAAGCACUCCGGCUACAAGCCCUUUUCAUGCGGGCUGUGCGAUAAAGCAUUCCAGCGGAAAGUGGAUCUGCGUCGUCAUCGCGAGGGUCAACACGGUGAAAUCAUUGGCAGCGGUGUCUCACCGAACGGCAGCAGCACCACUUUUCCGGCGAACGAAGACUACAAAUCGCCGAAUAUCACCGUUGUGGGUGCUGGCGGUAGUCCCUCCAGUCCCGACCUGCAUCGCAGCUCGCCAACGAGUCAUCAAUCGGCGGCCAUGGCGGCCGUCGCUGCAGCGGCUGUGGCGGCGGCUGCCGCAGCAGGCUUCCAUCACAACCAAAGCCACCAGCACGCGGUCGGAGCUCAUCAUCGCAAUCACAAUCACAAUCACCACGCGGACAUUAAAAUGGAAGUUAGCAGCAGUUGUUCAUGAUUCUACCCGAGCUGGGACCGGCUCCCGUCGAUGACGCCGAUUUAGUGUAUUUUCCUACCUAAGCCUACCUUUUUUCAGAAACACACUCAGUCCGUUUCACAAACCCCGAGUCUAAUGACUUUUUUUUUUAAAUUUUGAACAAGCAGAAAAAAGAGAUACAAAUUCUGACAACAACAGAUGUUGCUCAAUUUGGGCGCUUCUGCUUCGCCUUGCCUACUGCGUCUCGCUCGUCGGAACACGCGUCAGAUGACGUUUCGGCUUUAUUCGGAUUUCACUUUGUUCUUUCUUCUUCCAACCUAACCUUGUUCGCGACGGCGAAGCGAGACCGAAGGGCAUCCGAAUUUAAACAAUGAAAACGAAUCACUUCGUGAAAAUCUCCUUAACCUACGCUAAUUUGUACAUUGUAUUCGUACUGGUCAACCGAGUUGUAGACGUACUGUUUAAGUUAAUCAUUCCUAGGUGUAAUUAGUUAAUUUUUCUGAUCUAGACCAACCAAAGCUAAUCGGCCUCUUCCUAUCCUGGGAAGUAAACCCUUUUUUGGCUCGACUCUGAAAAAGCGAAGCUUCAUACACCAAAUUCUACAAACUUGUAAAUAAUUUUAAUUUAUUGGAAAAUCUAGUUUCUGAACCUAACUUUCACGUACAUAUUUACAUAAUGUCUAGUCUUGUUCAUAUGUUAAAGAUAGGAGAACAAAAAUCAAUCCGGGAACACCUUUCAAGGUGAUUCCUCUGGGGAAACGAGAGGCGCUUUUGUUACCGAAAACGAUGUAGAAGAAUGCACCGGAAGGUCCUUCGCACUUCAAACCACACACUGUAAAAAAACAGCACCCAGCAUUUCAAUCGUGUAAGCUUCAAUUCACACCGUUUGAAGAACCUUCCGGAGCAAAUUGCACCGCCGCCACAGCAGCACUUAGUCAUGGAUAGAGGAGUUCGCACACUUUUAUUCAUUAAACAGCUACCGAACCAAAGACUCUAUUUUGUAAACGCGACAACCGACGACAAUCGAAAGCACUUUUGUAAUCUUGUACACUGUGUCAAAUGCUUGCUUUUCUUUUAGAACUGUUUGUUUUUACUUUUCUUUUACGCCCUUGUCGAACGUACCGCAAACCCGUUCUAUUUUUUUUUUAUAAAGUCGUACUACUUUUCUACUUAAAUCAUAUUUCGUUUUGUUUCAAAUAUUGAAUUUGCAACCUUUUCGGGAUCUGUGUUCGUAAUCGAAAUUUGUUAUUUAGUAUUCUAAUGGUGGGAACGCGGGAGCGGGAGAAAAUCAGCUGAAACGAUGAUCAUCCAAAUAUUGAACAUUAGGUGAUAAGUUUUUGUAUUUUUAGAUAGGUGUAGUCUAAGUUGUACAUUUUUGUUAGCUCAAUAGCCAGUAGUAAUUUAUGUUGAUAGGAUUCAUUUUUUGUCAUUUUUAUUCCAUAGAUGAUGUUCAAUUAGUCAAGAUUAGGAGACAAGUUAGUGUUUAAACUAUUUUACUUAGAAAGUUAGAUUUUAGUUUUUUCAAUUUAAAGUAAG